ACUGGAGCAGUGGGCGCUUAAUUGAGUUUGAAACCGUCUGUUUGCUUUCAAAAGGCUAACACUGCUGGAUGGGAAAACACGAGCGGUUUUGUCGAAAAGUAGAAAAAUACGCGGGAUUCGUAAUAUUUCUGUUUUAGAAAAUCGUUAGUGAAUUUUAUAUAAAGAGUAUCGUGAAAAUGUGCGUACACAGGCUUUGGUACGAAAUUAUUUUUUAUAAUUAUAAAAAUUAGUGCAAUCAACUGAAAGUGAUAAGAAUGAAUUCAUUAAAACCUUAUAUUACCAAGGAAAUGCAAGAAUAAUCGUAAAUUUGUGUAAAAAUACACUGAAGAGGCAGAGAAAAACUUGUGAAAGCAAAUUUUUAUAAUUGAAGUGAAAAUGUUUUCGAAGCUGUGGCUUCUUAUUUGCGCGACUCAACUUGUUAUCAUUAAGGGUACUUACGCUCCUCCUAAUUCGGGUAUUAAGACAAGGUCUUACCAUCAUGAUUCUCCAAAUGUUGAAGAACAAACUGAACAACCAUACGACUUCAGACCUAGUUCCAGCUAUGCUAAUACAAAUUACGGCGUCACUUCAUUGAGGUUAUCACCAACCAAUUCUCAUCAACACCAUGAUGAACUGCACAGGCAGCAUCAGCCUUCAUACCAUCAGCAAGAGCAGCAGCCAAACCUACAGCAUGCAAACUCUUAUCAGCAACGUGAAUUACCAGUAUACAAUCGUAAUACGAACGUGCGUCACUCGUUGCCAUCAGAGCGUUCGGAGAGCUCCGCGAGUGGUGUAGAAAAUACAAAUAGUGAUUACUACACCGGUUGUCCACGCCAGCACACCGGUCCAAUACCAUAUGCCUAUGAUUGUCGUCGUUUUGUAAACUGUUGGCAUGGGCGCGGUCACAUACAGAGCUGUGGAGCAGGUACGGUUUUCAAUCCUGAAACGCUCGAAUGCGAUCGUCCUGAUAAAGUAGUUUGCGGGACGCCGAACGCAAAUGGUGUUCACAGUGAGCUUAAUGAAAAGCAAACAUCGCUACAAAUUGAGGCGAAUCCAAAUAAAUAUCGUGCGGGCCGACUCUUAGAUGUAGGCACAGAUAGCGUGAACUCGCUUUGUCCUGCAGGGAUAAACGGCUUAGCGCCGCAUCCAACAGAUUGCACGAAAUUUCUAAAUUGUGCUAAUGGCAAUACUCAUGUACAAAGCUGUGGACCCGGAACUGCCUACAGCAUUUCAAUGAAGGUAUGUGAUUUCAAGGAAAAAGUUGAUUGCAGUGACCGCGGGAACGCUGGAUAUGGGGCAUUGAAUAGACGUGAUGGACCUCUAUAUGUAAAUAAAAACUAUGAGAACACAUAUGCAAAGGAAACUGGAUCGAAAGAUGAGGAAGAAGGUGAUAUUUUCUGCCCACCAGGCGUAUCGGGACAUUUUUCAUAUCCAUUUCACAGCACGAAAUUUCUAAACUGCAAAAACGGCAAUACGGCGAUACAAAAUUGUUUGCCUGGCACCGUAUACAGCAUAUCCCGCAAUGCCUGCGAUACCAAAGAAAACGUACCUUAUACCGAUCACGCCGCUAACGUUAUAUCUGAAAUGCGUUAUGAUGAUUCUUUAACGAUAGUGAGUUGUCCACCGUCCACUGAAGGCAUUCACCUAUUUCCCUAUGAUUCUACUAAAUAUAUCAACUGCCGACAAGGGCAUAUGUGGAUUGGCACUUGCGCAUCAAAUACUGUCUUUAGUAUAGCUACAAAGGCGUGUCGACCUGAAAGUGAAGUGAAUAACAAUGAUCGUACUCGCAAAGCAAUGGAAGUAAAUUACAACAGAGAAUCUUCAAUUUCCAGGAAUUCAGAACUGAACAGCGCAGGUCAAAUGCUUGAAUGCCCUAAAGGAACAACUGGUUUAUAUCCACAUCCUUUUGAUUGUAAAAAGUAUCUGCAAUGCCUGAAUGGAAGGCUAACCAUAGAAAUGUGUAAUUCGGGCAAUGUUUUUAGUUUAUCUGCCAAACAUUGUGAUCCAAAAAAUCUAGUUGACAGUAAUGAACAAGUUCAAUUUGAACUUGACGUUGGACAACAUAGUAUUUCAGAAACGGACUAUGAUUACAUCAAUAAUAAUCGAGGAAGAUUUCAAUUGGUUUGUCCUCAACAUGUGAACGGACUUUUCUUACAUCCUUUCGAUUGCACCAAAUACCUUAGCUGUUAUGAUGGCCAGAUCCAAGUAGAAAGUUGCAUGUCUGGUAAAGUAUUCAGCAUAUCGCGAAGACAAUGCAUAAAUCGUAACCAGGUAAAUGCAUUUGAUCGCGUAGAAUAUCUAAGUGAGGUUAAACACGAAUUCUCAACGGAAUUGGAGCAAAAUCAAAAUAAAAAUCAAUUAUUCGAAACAACCUGUUCUAUGGGUGCUAACGGUGUUUACCCACAUCCCUAUGAGAACACAAAAUAUCUAAAAUGCUCUAAUGGACGUGCAGCCGUUGAAAAUUGUAUAAAGGGAAUGAUUUUCAGCAAAUCCCGAAGAUACUGCGACUAUGAGUCGAAAGUUUACGAAUACGACCGCGUGGAUAACGCGUAUGACAAUCAGAAUGAAAAUGAGGACAGUCAAGGACCCAAAGUUCUAAUUGAUGAGAAUAAAUCAACGGACGUUACUACGAGUAUAGGCGUAGAAGAAACAGUUGAAUGUCCACCUAAGGCCGAAGGCAUGCAACCACAUCCGUACGAUUGUCAUAAAUUUCUUUCGUGUUCGCAUGGCGUAACUCAAAUUAAAGAUUGUGGCCCAGGUACUGCAUGGAGUAUAGAAAUGGAAGUAUGCGACUUUGAGAAAAACGUACACUGCGCAGGACGUACGAAGUUACAUGCAACAGCUACGAAUACGAUUAUUGAAGACAAGGUGGCAUGCCCACCGAAUAUGAACGGCAAAUUUUUGCAUCCAUUUAACGCAAAAAAAUUUAUUAGUUGUAAUAAAGGUGAAACGCACAUACAAACCUGUUCAAUGGAUAGUGUUUUUAGCAUUUCACAAAAAAUGUGUGUCCCUGAAGUAGAAGUCAAUACUCUGGAUCGGGUGCAGUGUUCGCAAGAUUAUACUACAGAUAUCAGUGUGUACCACAACUAUGUCACUUGCCCAGCGCAAGCACUUGGCUACUUCAUUUAUCCGUUCGACCGUUUACUAUUCAUACAAUGCGACGACGGCCAUACUAUGAUACAGAAUUGUUCACCAAAUACACUAUUCAGCAAAUCAAAUCAAGUUUGUAUGCCCGCAAACGAAGCAGAAAGCAGUGAUCAGUUGUGGUUGGGAUCAUAUUGGCAAGGUGUGAAUAAUGGUUAUAGUACAUAUGACCUCAAGCGUGAAUGGAAUGUGGGUGCCUACACCCCGAACUCUGGAGACUCCAUUCAGUCUGCAAUUUGCUCAACAAGUGAAUCAGGUCUUUACCCACAUCCAACCGAUUGCACGAAAUACCUGAGAUGUGCAAACGGUAUAAGCUAUGUAAUGGAUUGUGGGCCUGGUACUGCUUUCAAUGCGGCACUCGAAGUAUGUGAUUUCAUGGACAAGGUGGAUUGUUCUACAAACAGACAUUUAGAUUUCGGUACUUUUGGAAAUUCCGCAGCAGGUGGUAGCGAAGAUGACAACAAGCAGCCUGUGGUAUGUCCUGAGGGAGCUGCCGGCACGUAUCCUCAUCCUUUGGAUUGUACGAAGUUUCUUAAUUGUAAUAAUGGUAUCGCAUACAUUAAAGAGUGCGGGCCUGGUACGGCAUGGAAUCCUAAAAUGGAAGUUUGUGAUUUUAUAGCGAAUGUCGAUUGUCCAGGCAGCAGCGGUCCACGAGAAGGGUCAUCAACAGAUAAUGGCGCUCCGAGAUAUAAUAGUAACCCAAAUAUCCAGCCAUCGUCAUCACAGUCGAGCUACAGAGGUUCAACGCAUCAUCACGAUCAUAGCGGUCGAUUCGAUCACAGAACAACAUACGCUAGUGAGAGUUUACCAACACCACCUUCUCGAACAACCGCUUACGGCAAUCGUUGGUCUAACAUGGACCGGCAACGUCCACUUGCGAGUGAUACUACUUAUACACCUGAGAGCAGAUAUAACUCACCUUAUGAUCGACAACAACGUCCACCUGCAUAUGGAAAGGAAUUGCAUAAUAACAUCGCGGCCAAUGGUUGGAUUGGCACAGGUUCCGCAUACGAUCUACAAACGCCCACACAAAGUGUCAUAUAUGAAGAAGGCUCACUGGAACCAAAUCGUAAUUAUAACACCAUCAAAAGUUAUACUACACCUUUAGCACCUUUCAACUUUGACUCCAUGCCUGCUUCAGCAGUAAACAGAAAUGUAGUAACAAAUGAGUCUACAAAUCUUUAUUUCGCACAACCUGUCGGCUCAGAAGAAAACACAGAAGAAGUGUUCGACUCUAAAGCUGACGUUCAACCUACAGUCCGUUUGCCAUUUGAUGAAAAGUUGCCUUCUAAUAACUGGAUUCCAAUACCGAAUCAAGUACUUCUGCCGCCGAAGCGCACAGCUGAACCACAAAGUGGUUUGAAGGGUUCUCCACCAGAAAACGUCUAUGCACCAGCGUCUUAUGAUACUCCCCCUGAUAGACAAGCAUUUAAUGCUCAGCCAGUUGAUUCUACAACGACCCCUAAAAAUACUUUUGAUUCUUCUAACUUAUAUGGUGGGUUGAAACCACCAUCACCACCGCCACCUUCAACGUCUCAGAUUCCAUUGCCUUACGCUUCAACUAAAAAUCGAAUUUCGGCUCCAACGAACACUUAUCCUCUACAUUCUUCGCCCUCUCGCCACACUAGUAGAUCAAUACUAGAAGACACAAUCGAACCCAUUAGGGCUUUUAGCACUAAUGUUGAGGGACAACCUCAUCUGCUUUCUUCCCCUUCUAACAGAAAUGUAUACCAAACUGAAAUUUUGACGAGCACACCUGCAACUUACCUUCAGCCUCCAACGCUGCCAACUCUUGCAACUAAAUCUAAUUCCCCGGCUACAACACGUUUAAAUAAAGUACAUCCUUUACUAGAGAACACAACCACAGCUAUGUUCUCUAAAGAUCCUCAUUAUAGUAACUCGUAUUCGAACGUAGCACACUCAAAUCCGGUAAAAUCUGUCGGACCUCAGGGUACAGAAAAUUCUGAAAACUUACCUAUGGCUGAUGCCUUGCGCUUACUAUUGAGACCAUACUUCAACCGUAGCGGCACGAUUUCAGAAAGCAGCGCUGAAAAGGCCGAGUCUCACAUAAUGAAACUCGCACCUGAACUGCCAUCUACUCUUGAUAUAACUUCUUUACCAAAUAAAAUGACCAACCAUUCCAAAGUUGGUACUGAAAAUGAAAAGGAGGUUGAACUUAUUCUUGCAGGUGAACAACACAGUUUGACUACAAACCCAACUAAAAAUGGCACACACGAGUCACGUGCAGAGUUUUAUUCAAAAAAUACAAAACAAGAAUCCAAAAGUAAUACUAAUUGGCAUAAUCACGGACAUAAUCGAGAGUUUCACCGUAAUCAUCCAAAUUUGCUUAACCCCUUUGAUGAGGAUGAAAAUUCAAGUCCUCACAUACAUCAUCGGCACAAUCACAAUAGAGCGUUUCAUCAAAGACACCCCGAAAUGCCAAACCCGUUUGUAACACCCGAAGCAUCUCAUACCUUGUCUAGCACUACCAAUUUUGAUUUUAGCAAUAAAAAUCAACCAAAUCCUUAUGCGGAGUCAACAACUCCAUUUAGUACACGACCAAACUUAGAUGUGGGCGGAGGGGAUGAUGUCGGUUGCCAAUUUGAUUGUGGAAAUGGAAAAUGUGUCAAGUCCUUCGAGGUAUGUAACGGUGUAAAUAAUUGUGGCAAUCGUAAAGAUGAAGAAGAAUGUAAACAUUUGGGCUAUGAAGUGCGUCUUGUUGGUGGUGAGAGUGCUAAUAUGGGACGUAUAGAAGUCAAAAUUCUUGGAAAAUGGGGCUACGUAUGUGAUGACAAGUUUGGUCUUCGUGAUGCCGAAGUUGUUUGUCGUGAACUGGGCUUUAAAUUGGGAGCCAGCGAAGUGCGAGGAUAUUCUUAUUAUCCGCCCACGGCAGUAGAUGUUUCCUUCGCUAUGGAUGAAGUAGAUUGUCGCGGUGAUGAGUCUUCGCUACGAGAAUGCAACUUUAAAGGUUGGGGUGUGAGCAACUGUGGCCCAGACGAAGUGGUCGGUGUAGUAUGUAAAGUACCACAACUUAAAUGUCCCAACAACUAUUGGCUAUGCAGUACCUCCCAAGAAUGUAUUCCUCCUGCGUUCGUAUGUGAUCAUACACCCGAUUGUGCUGAUAAAUCGGACGAAAGCGAUAAUAUUUGCAAAUCUCCAGUAAAAUAUCGCCUAGAAGGUGGCCGGAGUUCGAACGAAGGACGACUUGAAGUCAGAUACCGUGGUGAGUGGGGGACUGUAUGCGAUGAUGAUUUUGGUUUGAAAGAGGCUCAAGUAAUGUGCAAUUCUAUGGGAUUUUAUGGAUUGCCAACUAUAGUAAAGAACAUAUAUGGACCGGGCAGUGGACCCAUUUGGUUGGAUCAAGUAUCUUGUUAUGGUAAUGAGACUUCAUUGGAUCAGUGCAGCCAUUGGACGUGGGGCGAACACAAUUGCAAUCACACUGAGGAUGUUGGUCUGAAGUGUACCGCAGGCGUUCCAAAACAAAAAAUAAAUACACCACAAACAAAUAGCAAAAACGAUGAAAAGUCGCAAACAGAUUUGGAAGACUCACAACAGCAAUUCGAAGAUAUUGGCUUAUUUUCCGAUCAAUGGGAGCGCAAGAGCAAAGCGGUUGGUACACAAAGGCGUUGUGGGCAAUUUAAAAGCCAUUUAAUUGACGAAUAUGCACAUCCGGAAGAAAGAGUUGUAAAUGGCAGUCUAGCUAAACGUGGCCAUCAUCCAUGGCAAGCAACUAUACGCACACGUGGCAGGGGUGGCAUAUCGAGCCAUUGGUGUGGCGCUGUACUAAUCUCUUCCAGACAUCUGCUAACGGCAGCACAUUGUCUCGCUGGUUAUCCAAAAGGUGCUUACCUUAUACGCUUAGGUGAUCAUUAUGCCAAUAUAGCAGAAUCUUCAGAAAUAGAUUCGUUCAUUGAAAAUUGGUAUGUUCACGAAAAGUUUCGAGAUUCAACGCAUAUGAAUAAUGAUAUUGCACUGAUUGUGCUGAAAACACCCGUGAAAUUCAAUGACUACAUCCAACCGGUAUGUUUACCAAAUAAGGGUGCCACCUUAACAGAGAAUCGCAAAUGUACAAUUUCCGGUUGGGGUUCUAUCAAAUCCGGUGUUUCAACUCCAUCGAACAUCCUACGGGCUGCGGAAUUGCCAAUUUUAUCCGACGAAGUUUGCAAACAACCCCACGUUUACGGUGCAUCUUUGACGGAAGGCAUGUUUUGCGCUGGAUACAUGGAUGAGAGCGUCGACGCUUGUGAUGGCGAUUCUGGUGGGCCGCUGAUUUGUCAUGACGAAGAUGGGGAAACUUUGCAUGGAAUUAUUUCUUGGGGCCAACACUGCGGUUAUGCAAAUAAACCGGGCGUUUACGUGCGUGUAGAAAAAUAUGUUGAUUGGAUAAUGGACAAAAUCAACUUUUCCAUGCAAAAUGUUUCAUAGUGUAGAAUACAUUUGCAACUACCAAAACCUUUCGUUUUAAAUUUUUAUAAUAUAGUGGAUAAGUAGUGAUUUAAUUUGUUUACAAUGUAGAUAAAAUAAAGAAAAUAAGAAGUAUACUUAUAUAUUCAUGAAA